UCCUCUUGACCCGCCUACUGCUUGCGAGCGUCACAUUUUACGACAGUACCAGUGUCUUUACCGCAGCACAACAUGGCAGACGCAGAGCAGCGUCCCUGUCCCGGUCCCGGUCCCGAGGAGGUUUUAAUGGAAAAGCAGGAGAGUUCGGCAGCGGGGAAAACCAGCGAGGCGCCGGGGGCUGCUUCCCAGGACAAACCCGUUUGUCUGAUCGUGCUGGGGAUGGCGGGGUCCGGGAAAACCACCUUCGUUCAGAGGCUGACGGCCCACCUUCACUCUCUAAAAGCUCCUCCAUAUGUCAUCAACCUGGACCCUGCCGUCCACGAAGUCCCCUUCCCUGCAAACAUUGACAUCAGGGACACUGUGAACUACAAGGAGGUGAUGAAACAGUACGGCCUCGGACCGAACGGAGGCAUCGUGACGUCACUCAACUUGUUUGCUACGCGCUUCGAUCAGGUGAUGCAGUUCAUAGAGAAGAAGCAGCAGAAUCACCGGUACGUGCUGAUUGACACCCCGGGUCAGAUUGAAGUCUUCACCUGGUCGGCGUCUGGCACCAUCAUCACAGAGGCUCUGGCGUCAUCCUUCCCCUGUGUUGUCAUCUAUGUGAUGGACACGUCCCGCAGCGUCAGCCCGGUCACAUUCAUGUCCAACAUGCUCUACGCCUGCAGUAUUCUCUACAAGACCAAGCUGCCCUUCAUCGUCGCCAUGAACAAGACUGACAUUAUCGACCACAGCUUUGCAGUGGAGUGGAUGCAGGACUUUGAGGUUUUCCAGGAUGCUCUGAACCAGGAAACCUCGUAUGUGAGCAACCUGACGCGCUCCAUGAGUCUAGUGCUGGACGAGUUCUACACCAACCUGAGGGUGGUGGGUGUGUCCGCAGUGACAGGAAGCGGAUUGGACGAGCUGUUCGUUCAGGUGGAGGACGCCGCCAAGGAGUAUGAGAGGGACUAUCGACCCGAGUACGACAGACUCCGCAAACAGCUGGCGGAGGCUCAGAGCAAGAAGCAGCAGCAGCAGCUGGAGCGUCUCAGGAAGGACCUGGGAGCUGUCGACAUGACAAACAGGCCUGCUACAGAGGACGACAUCGCCGGACCCAGUGACCUCAUCAUGACACGUGGUAACCCUGACGACGACGCGGAGGAAGAGGACAGCGACACGGAUGACAUCGACCACGGCGCCACGGAGGAGAGCAAAGAGAGCGACGCCUUUGGAACCUUCUUGAAGGAGAGGAAGGAAGUGGUUCAGGUCCGAAACAGGAAGUGUGCGAUGCCUGAGGGACCCUGACCUGUGACCUCUCAUCUGAUGUCUGACCUCUGACGUCUGACUCUGCCCGGAAACAAGGACGGCUACAGAGAGGCAGGUGAGGGAACGGCUUCCCUCUGUGGGGUACAGACUAAUACCUGGAGCGGAUACCGUGGAAGUGCGGUGGAUUCUUCCAUCGCUGGUGUUUUUCAUCAGAAAAUCUGAGCUCAGUCUGAGCUGAACUUCCUGUCUGAUCAGGUGACUUCUGACCCUGCGAUUGGCCGCUCUUCAGUAACGCUCCCUCCUUAAAAGUUAUAUUUUUAUAUUAGAACGGACUCUUCUAUUCUUCUUUUCGCGGGUUUUUCAUCACUGUUGACUUUUGUUUGUAAAAGCAGUGAAAGGAUAAAAUAAAAGUGAGCUUUUAGUCCAAGCAGGUUUCAGUAUAUCGGCUCUUGGAGGCCCCAGAACAGCUCCAUGUGUGUCGCUUUGCCGGAGGGAUGAAGACGUUUCCCUCUGAAACGUCUCUGGAGAUGUCUCGAGUUGAUGCUGUGACCGCUAUCGGGACUGAAGGCUCGGCAUUGGCUAAAAUAAACCUGAUCAAAAUCGGAUUCUUUCUUUACUGAA